AUGGAUUAUUAUUCUUUUAAUUUAUUUAACUGUCUUGGUAUUAAGUACUUGGUGGUAGAGCAUGGGUUAGAUAUGCAACUAAAAAAGAAGACGCCAGUCUACAUUAAAGAUAUCGGCCCGUUGAAUGAAACAAUUCUCUCAACUCAGCUAAAGAAGUUCUACCUUGGCUUCCAGCGCAUCCAAGUGUGCCUGUUUAAUUCACUAGCUCUGUUCACUUUCAAAGACCUACAAAUCUCACUACAGAAGGACCCUUGCGGCGGACCUCCUAUCCCUUUAGUCAAACUGACGCCUAAUGGAUGUAAAAAGACUACAUUUACACUCCCUAAAGUGGUCUAUGGACUAUCUUUAGUAAUAUGUCCUCAUACAUUACUAUUCAGAGUAUUAUUCCAUGCCAAAGCAUUCCGGAAUAACUUAACAUCAAAAGCCCAGCUAUGGAAGCUCUUUAUUAGUAAAGAGAAGGCAGAUUGGUAUAUCUUUUGCAAAACAGAAUUAGUUAAAGGGGUUCCAACCAUUCAGCAGACCCAACCUAUAUCCAAGUCCUCCAUGUCCAGCCUACUAGUCACUUUUGGGGAGAUCCGCGGAUGGCCCAGGGCAUUCCAUGCCCAUUAG